CGCUCUGGCGCCGGCCGCGGCCCGCUGGAGGGGGCGCUGUGGGCACAGCGAGGCGGCCUUUUGUCAGCGCGCAGGGCAGCGGAGAGCUCUCAUUUCCUCCCAGCCUCCUGAGGGAAAUGGAUUUAAUUCUGACCGUAGGGCGGUGAGGGACGCGCGGGAAGGAGAGCCUUUUGUCAAGGAGCGGCAGCCUCCGCGCUCCUCAGUCGGCAUCGGAGCGGCCCCGCCGGUGGGAUUCCCGGCGGCUGUGCCGAGGGCGGGUGGCAGAAUGGGUGGAACACGCCGCUCUGCAGAGUAGCGGGGUGGAUUUAUGAGGCGCAUCCCCAAACCCCACAGAAAAACCCGACCCAACCCGCAGUGGCACACCGGAGAUGGAUGGGCUGCCGGGCAGGAGUUUCCACCUGGAUGGCUGAGGUUGUGUAGAUGCAGCUGGCACCCUUGAGUGUGGAGCACAGGUUGUAGACCCAGUGCUGAGAGGACAGAGCCUUCAACAAGCCUGGGGUAGCCUUUGGGGUUCCAGGAGCUGAUCAGAGCCCCAGCAGGAGAAUGAGUGAAGAGACCGUCCCCGAUGCCGCCUCCCCACCGCCCCCGCAGGGGCAGCCCUACUUUGACCGCUUCUCUGAGGACGACCCGGAGUACCUGCGCCUUCGCAACCGGGCGGCCGACCUGCGCCAGGACUUUAACCUGAUGGAGCAGAAGAAGCGGGUCACCAUGAUUCUGCAGAGCCCUUCUUUCAGGGAGGAGCUGGAAGGCCUUAUCCAAGAGCAGAUGAAGAAAGGGAACAACUCCUCCAACAUCUGGGCCUUGCGGCAGAUUGCGGACUUCAUGGCCAGCACCUCCCACGCAGUCUUCCCAACAUCUUCCAUGAACUUCUCCCUGAUGACACCGAUCAAUGACCUCCACACCGCUGACUCCCUGAACCUGGCCAAAGGGGAGCGGCUCAUGCGGUGCAAGAUCAGCAGUGUCUACCGACUCUUGGACCUCUAUGGCUGGGCCCAGUUGAGCGACACCUAUGUCACGUUGAGAGUCAGCAAGGAACAGGACCACUUCCUGAUAAGCCCUAAGGGAGUUUCCUGCAAUGAAGUCACCGCAUCCAGCCUGAUCAAGGUGAACAUCCUGGGAGAGGUGGUGGAGAAGGGCAGCAGCUGCUUUCCGGUGGAUACCACGGGCUUCUGUUUGCACUCAGCCAUCUAUGCAGCCAGGCCCGACGUGCGGUGCAUCAUCCACUUGCACACACCAGCCACGGCAGCGGUGUCAGCCAUGAAGUGGGGGCUCCUGCCUGUCUCCCACAAUGCCCUGCUGGUGGGGGACAUGGCCUAUUAUGACUUCAAUGGGGAAAUGGAGCAGGAAGCUGAUCGUAUCAAUCUGCAGAAGUGCCUUGGACCCACCUGCAAGAUCCUGGUGCUAAGAAACCAUGGAGUGGUUGCUCUAGGUGAUACCGUAGAGGAGGCAUUUUACAAGGUCUUCCACCUGCAGGCUGCAUGUGAGAUUCAGGUGUCGGCUCUAUCCAGCGCUGGAGGAGUGGAGAACCUCAUUCUUCUGGAGCAGGAGAAGCACCGGCCCCAUGAAGUGGGCUCGGUGCAGUGGGCCGGGAGCACCUUUGGACCCAUGCAGAAGAGCCGGCUAGGGGAGCAUGAGUUUGAGGCCCUCAUGAGGAUGCUGGACAACCUGGGAUACAGAACAGGCUACACAUACCGCCAUCCCUUUGUCCAAGAGAAAACCAAACACAAAAGUGAGGUGGAGAUCCCAGCCACAGUCACAGCCUUUGUGUUUGAGGAGGAUGGUGCCCCAGUGCCUGCCUUGCGGCAGCAUGCCCAGAAGCAGCAGAAGGAGAAGACCCGUUGGCUGAACACGCCCAACACCUACCUGAGGGUCAACAUGGCGGAUGAGGUCCAGAGAAGCAUGGGUACCCCGCGGCCCAAGACCACGUGGAUGAAAGCUGAUGAGGUAGAAAAAUCCAGCAGUGGCAUGCCGAUUCGGAUUGAAAACCCAAACCAAUUUGUGCCUCUCUACACUGACCCUCAAGAAGUGCUGGACAUGAGGAACAAGAUUCGAGAACAAAACCGACAAGAUGUGAAGUCAGCAGGGCCUCAGUCCCAGCUCCUGGCAAGCGUCAUCGCUGAGAAGAGCCGAAGUCCGGUACAGCAGAGGCCACCCCUUGCUGGAGGGGAAUCUACAGAGAGCCAGUUGAUGUCCAAGGGUGAUGCGGAUACCAAAGAUGAUUCAGAGGAGACGGUACCCAACCCCUUCAGCCAACUCACUGACCAGGAGCUGGAGGAGUACAAGAAAGAGGUGGAGAGGAAGAAACUGGAACUAGAUGGAGAGAAGGACACUGCCACAGAAGAGCCUGGCUCCCCUGUUAAGUCUGCACCUGCUUCUCCAGCACAGAGUCCAACAAAGACAGAGGCAAAGAGCCCCGCAGUCUCUCCUUCCAAGUCCACUGAGGAAGAUGCUAAGAAGACAGAACCAAGCAAAGCCACCACAGAGUCUGAAACUGCCCAGCCAGAAGGGGUGGUGGUCAACGGGAAGGAGGAAGAGCAGAUGGCAGAGGAAAUCCUCAGCAGAGGCUUGAGCCAGAUGACCACCAACGCUGACACGGAUGUUGAUACCUCCAAGGACAAAACCGAGUCAGUCACCAGCGGCCCCAUGUCCCCAGAGGGUUCACCUUCCAAGUCUCCUUCAAAGAAGAAAAAGAAAUUCCGAACCCCUUCUUUCCUGAAAAAGAGCAAAAAGAAGGAGAAAGUGGAGUCCUGAUUUGUGGCACCAUGGAUUCACCUCUCCUUCCUCCCUCCCCUUUUCCCAACUCUGUCCCUGGAAGCACGGGGCCAAGGAGGGAAAGAAUAGGAACCUGGAUUACACACAGAGGGAGAACUUAGAGAUCACCCAAACAACCCCUCAUUUUACAUUUACCCCAGAGAAAUCAAGUGACUUGCCCAAGGUCACACAGAUAGUUAGCGCCAGAGCCUGCACUAGAAUUCAGGUCUCCAGACUCCCAGUCUAGUGCUCUUUCCACUCUACAACACUGCCUAGUCAUGGGCCACCUUUGUUAGGAUGUUGCCCACCAAUCUGAGCCCAGGGCAAGAAAGCUGGUAGUGGACUGUGACCUCUUACAGGCUCAGACUAAAUCAGACAGGUUGAGGCUUCCCCUGAGUAAGGUCCGUCUCUUCCAGGAAUCCCAUCUUCUGUGAUGGAGCUAUCUCUACAUUAAGAAGUCUCACUUCUCUUUUCCAUUUUGGGUCCUUGCCCUGCUGUUAAAAGUAACCAGAUAAAUUGACCCAUCCCCUAUAAUAGAAGUUAAUCUUUAUUCCCAAGGCUGAUGGCUUAGCUUAUACUUCCCCAAACACUAACCCUGAGCUUUCUUCAUGGAACCUCUUGAAUGAUGGAUGGAAGAAUUAUAAGAGAUGGCUGACAUGAGGGCAAGCCAAGUAAGCCUGAUGGAUGGGGAUGGUUUAAUUAAUUUAAGAAGCCAGAAACUUGAAUGUUUGUAUUGUGCAUCUCAAGUGCUUCAAAACUAAAACCAAAUUUAGCAUAAGAAAAGUUGUCUCAUGCUCAGGGCAGAAAUUUUGGGAAAUGUAAACCCUCUGUUGGCUUUGAAUUGUACAAAGAGGAUCAAAAUAGCACAGGAAAUGCUUUGCUUUUCUGGCUUUGCAUGAUAUAGAGCAACAUGGCUCUACCUGCCUCACUCCUGUCCAGCAGUCAGGCAUCCCCUGACCUUUCCUCAAACCCAGGAGCACCUGCUCACAGACCAGAACUGGCAUCUUACUCUUGGCAUCUUUACCUUGGCUCCUCUGGGGUUCCAACUCUGAGUCACUCUGGAUCCGACAGAGAAGAAUCAGAAAUGAGUCCUUCAGGAUUAAUCCUCUUGGACCAAUGCUCAGAGAAAUGAUUGGGUGUCCCCAGUCCAGUCACUAUCUGUCCAUCCUGGGCCUUGUGAUACCACACCUAUUGUUUUAACUGCCAAUGCUAUUUUUUCCAUGGAGCACUGAUAAAUAAGCAUUGUUGGCUCAUAGACAAUCGAUUCUCUUUAAAGCACAGUGUCUUCAAAGAAUAUUUCUUUUUUGUCCUGAUUAUUGUAAAAAUAUUUUUGAAAAUUCUUAGGCAGAGUUUUCCAUUUUUGAAUACUACUAUCUGUAGACACUGUGCAGAGUUCAUACACAUUAUAUCCUCUAAUCCUGUAACAAUCCUGUGAGGAAGAUAAGACUAUUUUCAGUUUACAAUGAGGCAACUUGACUCCUAAGAGAACUACUGACUUGCUCAGAAAGAGCUGGAGUCUGAAUUUGAACCCAGGUCAGUCUGAGUCGAGAGCUUUUGCUCCUGGUAGGUAUGGUGAAUGGACAGCUUUUAUCCUCAAGAUAACUGUUUUAGUCCAUGAACCAUUUCAAGGACUUGUCUCUACUGCAUAAUGAUGGCACUUGAAGAUAGGAAAUUACCUGUGAUCACCUUCAUCAAUGUACCUUAAGCUUCCAGUGAAUAUAGACUGCAAUGAUGCCAGUGUUGACCUUUGACAGAAGAGAGCAGGAAAUACCAUCUAUCACUGGCUAUUUCUUGAGAAAGAAGGAAACUGACAUAUGACUAAGGAAAACCCAAUGCUAAAAACCUAGUGCAGAUUCCUAACUGCUAUCUCAAAUCCCCUCACUUUGUCCUACUUCCUGUUUGGGUCAUGUCUAAUGAUUAAUGACCCAAUGGUCAGGGGCACUGAUGCCUCAGAAAAAUCUGUCAUAUGGGAAAUGCCUUUAAAAGCCAAUCCUUUGAUGCCUUCUUUUUAACAAAUCUAUUUCACAUUUUUUCAUUCAUCCUUUCAUAGUAUUUGUUAAGUAUCCACUUUGCAUCAGGCAUUAUGCUGACACUGAAAAAACAACCACUGUAACUAGAAUAAUAAGAGGCAAACGAUGUUGAGAGAAGGGAAGAGUGGAUGUGACGUCUGAUGCAGCAUCUUGUGUGAGUGCUUGUUGCUCAGAGAUGAUGUCAAUCAACUCUGUGCUUAACAAAUUCUCUUUAUUCCCUUUAUAACAGUGAGGCUUUGUUUAGGUGAAAAUGUUGGAACCUUGCUAGAGCAUCAUCCUUGAGAUUCAUGCCAUGAGUCCCCCUCAUAUUUACCAAUUUUUUCAUUCUUGUAUACUCAGAAAACAUGCAUGGAGCUUGGGUCAUGGGGCAAGUAUGAGGAUAGGACAUAGUUCUCGAUGUCAAGAAUUCUGUGAGCAUAGGAGGCCUGUAGACAUAUUACACAGGCAGAGGUGCCAAAGUGGCACAAGAAAGCAAUGAUUGAUGGUCUUGGGUACCACAGAAACCUUUGUGAAAGGAGUGAUGGAUGAGUUAGGUUUUCAAAACAAAGAGAGGAACCUUCCAGAACAAAAGAGCUAGCAGGGUAUUUCAGAAUGGGGGAAGAAUUCACAAAGGCAUGGAAACAUGAAACUCCAUGGUGUGUUCCACUGGAUGAUGUGGCAUUGCCAGGGCAGGAAGUAUCAUGCAAGGAGUGGUUCUCUUCUCAGGUGGAGCAUAAUGAAUCUUGUAGAAAGAAUAGAAGAGAUGGAGUUCAUCGUGUAAGGAGUUGGGAGCCAGAGUCUUGGUUAGACUUGCACUGUUGAAGUGUCUUUUGGUAGCUGAGUGGAAAAGGGGCUGGAAGUGUUAAAGACCUGAUGUGGUUUUUCUAAAAUGUCAAUUCUGAAACAGGAUUGAUAACCUGCCUUGUGCUACAUUAUCCUCUAAGCAAAUAGUGAGUUUCUAGUCCAGGAUUCCUCUCCAUAAAAUUCUUUGGAUAAAGCAUCUUGAGAGAGAUUUUUCAGUAAGAGAGGGAAAUGUUCGAAGAGCUAAUGCUUAGUACAGUUCCAGAUUCUAUUUUGUUUUGAGUACAACUUCUGGGAGAGGUGUCAAGUCAUUGUAGUCCACUUAGCUCUAGCCUGGAGGGUGUGCAUUUUUGAAAUAGACCUGCAGCCUGAACAACCACAGCCUAUGGGGGAGAGAAGAAAAGGCAUUUCCUAUGGCACUGCAUAAAAAUUGGCUGAAAAUCUAAUGAGCAUCUGACUGGAGAAAAUGAAUAUUCACAAGGUCAGAAUUUAUAGGUGAUGGGCUCAUUUUGAGUUCAGCUUCGGUGCUUGGAUAUGACACGAAAAAGAGAAGAGAAAAUUUGAAUCAAUCUGCUGCACUGUGACUGGCCUGGAAAGUGGAUGGGUUUCAGAGCUUCUUUCCUUGGGAAGGUGGGCAGGAAUAGGGGUGGAGAUGAAGAGGGAUGAAUGUUACAGGGAGAAAAGCUUGGUUCUGAUAACUUUUCAUGCACUAGUAACUGGUACCCAGUUGUAAUGUUGGAGAACCAUCCACCCCACAUGAUCUUCCUCGCACUGAAAAAGGCACCGUGGAGACAGACCCCUGCCCCAGCCCAGAGCCUCCCAGCUGACCCAAGUCACUGCCUUACUUUAACCAGGUUGUACACAUGAAAAUGACCCCCAAACAUUUCCAUAACUAAUAUGAGGUUAUUCCUCUGUGGACAGCCAAGUUCUUUUUAAAGGUGAAUUUGAAUGAGGAGUAGUAGAUUGUUACAGUAAGAACCCCACUGUAAGCCAUUGCCCCAUGCCACCAAAUCACAUAUACUGAGCCUUGAAUCCUGUCCCCUGUGGGAUAACACAUUGUCACUCACUCAUGGCACUGUGGCAAGACAGUCAUUCAAAUAUUUGGCACUAUUGCAACAGAAGGCCACUGCUCUUGUCAGCAUGAGUAGAAUGCUAUAUAUCUGCUUCUUUGGUUGCGGUAGAUUUGAAAGAACCAUUCACUCAAUAACAUGAUACACUUCUGAAAGUAUAAAAGAUUAAACAUAAGUUUAGACUUUUCUAGGAAGAUGUGCACAGGGAUAGAAAGACACAUACCCUACCAUACCCAGUAACCCAUGUUUGAAUUUUAUGUCCUAAUUCUAGGCCCAAGAGUAACCUGAUCUUGACUUUGAACAGGUGUGAAAAUAUUUACACCUUACUCAUUUUACACACAUGGGUCAGCGAAAGCCCUUGGAUAGUCAGCACAGUUGCAGUUGAGCUGAGGAUAGGAGAAACAGCUCUUCUUACAUCUUUGCUUAUUACUGAGUCCAGCUGAACUCUAGGGUCAUCACAUUCAGAGUCUGAGAAGAACCAAGGAAGAAGACAAACCAAUGCUUUCCAGCCCCACAGAACAGUGCACUCCACAAUUCAAAACCUGACAGGAUGUCAUAUCUGUUCCACUCCUCCCUCUCACCUGGAGAAGCCAUAGUCACCCAGGAAUCAGGGUGGAGAUUUCAGGUGAAUGUUCUUUACUGGAGAAGCCUCCUUUCAUUAUUUUUAUGUAGACAGUUCCAUGGACAAUGUAGGCUUUCCAGAAACAGUCAGUAAUCUCCAUGUUUGGGGGGUAAAAAUACAGAAAUGCUGGUUUGCAUUGAUUCAUGCUCAGGUGGUAGUAGGUUUUGCAAUUGAUGUUUGGUGCCACUUGCCUUCAAGAUUUUCCCCAAAGUUGGAUCAUUGCUAUGAGAAAUUGGGGCCUGAAGAUGGAGAAGGAAGAUCAUGAUUGAUGCAGGGAGGGAUUCAGGUGCGGUUGGCAUCAGCUUCAGUGUGAGACCACUAGUCUUCCUGGUAGGCAGGUCCUCAGCUCCUUUCUCAGCCCCUUUCCUAAGGAUCAGGAUGUGAUGGCUGUGAUCGGGCACUUCCCUAAUCUCUAAGAAGGUUAAAGAAGACAUUGCUAGGGCUUAUGGGGUAGUGGGAGAAGAGUGGCAGUAAUAUCCUAAACUCUCCUCUCCUCUAGUAAAUCAUCUUGUGUAACUUUCAAAAAACUAAAGGCCAGGUAUUUCCUUUUAAAGUGAAUCAGAAAGAGGACAACAGUAAGACCAAGGACAGAGGGGCCAUACUUCAAAAACAUCACAGCUCCUUUAUACAGUGGCAAAUAUAUUUGGGGGAACCUCAUCCCCUCAUUUUAACUCUGCCUGUAUUGGUGAUUGCUCUAUUGGUGCUGCUCUGUGGAUAAUUAUUUGAUGCCCCAGGACUGGUCUACCUUUAAUUCCUAUGAUCUAUGACACCCACUGAGUCCCAGAGUUUGUCCUCUCCAAGGAAGAUGCAAGGUGGGGAGACUAACAGUCCAGAGCCUAGGAUGGCACAGCUAGGGUACAGGGUAGCAGGAACCCAGUCUAGAUAGGGAGUGCGGUGUUAUCUAAAACUGUGGGUGGUUUCAGUGAGAUGUCUGUGUCUGACAAUCGUCAUUUGAGAGUACUACUGACUGUCUUCCCUUGUACAUACAUUGUCUGUGUUUAGUUUUUCUUAGUAUUGUGAGGUUUCAAAUAGGGGUUCCAUGUACAUACUCUUUCUGCUACUGAAAUGCCAGCCCCCUGGAUCAUGCAUCAUUCCCACAAAUAGUUUUGCCUUUCUCUGUGCUAAUAUUUUUGAGCCACUGAUGUGCAUUUGGAUGGAUAAUCUCCUGGGCUUUUAUUUUGCAAUUUUAUAUAUAUACACACACAUAUAUAAUAUAUAUUUAUGGGUUGGUUUUGUAUAGUUUUCUGUUUGAAUCUCUGAGCACCAAAGCUACCCUUUGAUUUUCACAAGAACUUUCCAAAGCCACUUCCUGAGCCCUUUUGCUGCUUUGGUGUCUGACUGUGUUGCCGGGUGGUAUGUCUGCCCGUGGGUUUCUGUAUGUAUGUGCUGUUAUCUCACCUGCAGAUAUUACCCUAGUAAAUCUAAUGUGCUUGGCUUCCU